ACCCCGCCGGUGACAUUGUGCCCGCCGAGCGCGCGGGGUCGGGCCGGGCCGGGUCCUACCGCCGCCGCCUCCGCCUCCGUCGCCUCACGAGUGGGCUGGGGCCGCCCCGCUGCCCGCCCUCCAUCCCGCCUUCCUCCUCCUCCCCGCCGGACCGGGGGGCUGCGGGGCCGCCGGUGGUUUCGGACGGGCCGGGAGCGGAGACAGACGUGGUAACCAGCUGCUCCCUAAAGCCUGCAGGAGUUCAGGUCCUUCUUAAACACCCAGAGGAGGUUUUAGGCAAUGUUUACCAGCUUUGUCCUGUCCAGAGAGACUGCUGGGGUGUUUUCUUCAUGAGCUGAGAUCCGACGGGUCUUUUCUGCUUGAGCCAACUCCUACCCUCCUUCGGGGUUGCUGUCUGCCCUGUGUGGGCAAGAGCCCUGUCAUCAUGUCAGUCAGCGUCCACGAGAACCGUAAAUCCCGGACUAGCACUGGCUCCAUGAACAUCUUGCUUUUCCACAAAGCUUCCCACCCAGACUGCGUCUUGUCCCAUCUGAACACCCUGCGGAAGCACUGCAUGUUCACUGAUGUCACCCUUUGGGCAGGAAACAGGUCAUUCCCAUGUCAUCGGGCAGUGCUGGCUGCCUCCAGCAGAUACUUUGAAGCCAUGUUUAGCAACGGCCUCCGGGAGAGCCUGGAUGAUGAGGUGAACUUCCAUGACAGCCUCCACCCAGAGGUGUUGGAGCUACUGCUGGACUUUGCUUAUUCCUCUCGAAUUAUCAUCAAUGAGGAGAAUGCUGAGUCCCUCCUGGAGGCUGGAGACAUGCUGCAGUUCCAUGACGUCCGAGACGCGGCAGCUGAGUUCCUGGAGAAGAACCUUUACCCUUCCAACUGCCUGGGCAUGAUGCUGCUCUCAGAUGCUCAUCAGUGCCGGCGGCUCUAUGAGCUCUCCUGGAGGAUGUGCCUGGUCAACUUUGAGACUGUUCACAAGAGUGAGGACUUCAACAACCUUUCCAAGGACACUCUGCUGGACCUCAUCUCCAGUGAUGAAUUGGAAAUCGAGGAUGAAGAAAAGGUCUUUAAAGCUGUCAUUCAGUGGGUGAAAUAUAAUCUGGAUGAGCGGAAGGCAUAUCUCCCAGAACUUCUGAGGAAUGUUCGUCUGGCCUUGCUUCCUUCUGAAUGCCUCAAGGAAGCCUUGGCUUGUGAGGACUUGAUCAUGGUGGAUGAAAGGAACAAGCUUGUCUUGGAUGAAGCUAUUCAGUGCAAGAAGAAGAUCCUCCAGAACGAUGGGGUGGUCACCAGUCCCUGUGCCAGGCCUCGCAAAGCUGGGCACACCUUGCUGAUCCUGGGAGGACAGACUUUCAUGUGUGAUAAGAUAUACCAAGUGGAUCACAAAGCAAAGGAAAUUAUCCCCAAAGCAGACCUGCCGAGUCCACGGAAGGAGUUUAGUGCCUGUGCCAUCGGCUGCAAAGUAUAUAUCACUGGAGGCAGGGGGUCAGAGAACGGGGUCUCAAAAGACGUAUGGGUGUAUGACACUGUUCAUGAAGAAUGGUCAAAAGCUGCCCCAAUGUUAAUAGCUCGGUUUGGGCAUGGCUCGGCUGAAUUGGAAAACUGCCUGUAUGUCGUUGGUGGACACACUGCUGUAGCUGGAGUCUUUCCUGCGUCUCCUUCUGUUUCUUUGAAGCAAGUAGAGAAGUACGAUCCCAUAUCCAACAAAUGGACAAUGGUGGCUCCUUUGAGAGAUGGAGUGAGCAAUGCUGCGGUGGUGAGUGCCAGGCUCAAGCUUUUUGUCUUUGGCGGGACCAGCAUUCACCGAGACAUGGUGUCUAAAGUCCAGUGCUAUGAUCCAGCUGAGAAUCGGUGGAUGAUCAAAGCUGAAUGCCCACAGCCCUGGCGCUACACGGCAGCUGCUGUCCUGGGCAGCCAGAUUUUCAUCAUGGGAGGAGACACCGAGUUCACGGCAGCGUCUGCCUAUCGCUUUGACUGCGAAACGGACCAGUGGACGCGCAUUGGGGACAUGACAGCCAAGCGUAUGUCAUGCCACGCUUUGGCCUCGGGGAAUAAACUCUAUGUGGUGGGGGGUUACUUUGGGACUCAGAGGUGCAAAACGCUGGACUGCUAUGACCCUACGUCAGACACGUGGAACUGUAUCACAACGGUGCCUUACUCACUCAUCCCCACAGCUUUUGUCAGCACCUGGAAGCACUUGCCAUCAUGAUGAGGGUCAGGGCUUGGGGGCUUGUAUCCAGGAGGUCAGUAAGGUGCCGGAGUCACAUCCAUGUCCCCUGUCUCGCUGCUGGAGCCAACACAGCGACCGCGUCCCCUCCUGUCCUCCGGCACAGGACUCCGAGGAGCCUUUCGCAUCCCUUCCCGGCGUCAGGAGCAGGAGGCACAGCUGGCACCGUGCCGGGGGGGCACCAAGGGCCACCCAGCCUCACCACUGGCCGUAGCCACCGCACAGGGAGCCAGGAAUGCAGCCGGCUGCCAGGCCGGGGCUGGGUACGGGGGGCGAGGGGACGGCUCGUGGGUGCUGGUGGCCCGACGGGACUGGGGAGAUGGAGGGUGUGCACCAGGCUGCAUCGCUCGUCAAGCACGGCGUGGGGAGCCGGUAGGUGCUUUUUGUUACGCAGCUGGGGGGGUUAAGACAUAUUAAUUUUUUCUUUUUUGAAGGCAGUGAACUUGCCAUUGGCAGUGGCUGCUGUUUGGGUGACUUGGAAGUGUUUUUUAAAGGGAAAAGGGGCUGGGGCAGCCCAGCAGAGAGCACCCGUCUCUCCACAGCCUCUGGCUGCUCCAUGGAGGCGAUGGCUGUCGAAACAUUAAAGCGUGGGAGCUCGGGGCGGCUGCCAGCAGCGCCGGGUACUGUGGCAAAACAGGGCAGGUGCCUUUUGUUUUGCACUUUGGGCCUUUUUAUUAUUUUCUUUUUUAUUUCCCCCUUUGCAGCCGGUUGCGAUUUGGUCUUCCCAGCUGCUGGGAAGAGCACGGCGGCUCUGUUAGCGUGCCAAGGCACCGGCCCCACUGCCGAGAUAUUCACCAGAUAAACCCCGCUGCGUGCUCGGAGCCGGUCUUCUGAGUUUCCCCGCCGAGCAGCGCGUGGGUGAGGGCGUAAUUAGCAAACGAGCAGAAACAGAGAAGUGCAGCGGGGCAAAGCUCGCGCCUUGGGAGGGGGCAUCGUGCCUCUAGUGAGGCCUUGGAGGGACGGCAGGCGGGAUGGGGGAGCAUCGCGGGGUGGGCUGGGGAGGGAUCCCCCUCCGUCCCGCUGCGCCGCACGUCCUGGCUUCACCUCGGGGAGAUGGGAGCAUUUUUCCUGGUUGGGCUGUCGCUGCCCCAGGUCAUCCACACAUAGCUGGCUGUAAUUUGGUUUAUUCGUGCCGUCAACCCGAGUCGCUUCUCAUUCCCACUGCGGAGGAAGGCACGUGGAUUUUUGCUGUCGAUAGAGGAAUGCAGCUCCUGGCCAGCCUCUUCCAGGGCUGGCCAGGGCCAAAGGCUGGUCCUGCAGCGCCCCAGCAUCCCGCUUCCCUCCGCAGCAGAGCUGGUCCUGCAGAUGCUCCGGGCUUGCCUUUCGCCCCUGGAUUAGGUGAAGCUGAAGCCUGGCCAGCUGGAUGAUGCAAUGCGAUGAAAAGCCUUGACAUGGCUUCAAACAACAAAGCUCUUUUUGGAGCAGUGAGCGCCCGUUGCUGCCGGGAAGAACACACGUCGUGCACAGCCGGGCUGCGAUGCUCUGAAUGACGUUUAUUUACAUUUUCUAAGGUUGGUUGUUGUUUUUUUUCCUCCAGCUGCCUGCAAACUUUAAUAAAAAUGAUGA